ACGACGCUCGCACGCGGCACAGCACCAAACAGCACCAACCGCACCAAACCGCACCAAACUGACACUAAACAGACAUUUCUCCAUGAAGUGAUGAACCAUUUUUGUUAAAUGGAAAAUGUGAUUCAGUCAUAUGCGCUGAUUUUGUUUUAUUUUCCCGGAUUUUUUUGAGUGAAAAUUUUUGGAGUGGAUCCGUGGUGGUUCAGUGAUUUGAAAGAUGGCGUUGAAGGUGCUAGUUUUACUGGUUCUUGUGGCUGUUUCCUCCGCAGAGAGACCACAAUCAAGAUGGUCUCGUCAAAUCAGCUCAUACACAUCUGACAUAAGCGACUGGGUUCCUUUAUCGGGGCCAAUUGAGAGAGAGGUUCCUCAAAUUAGACGACAAGCAGUAGCAGAACCAAGAAUACUAUCAGAGCCUUUUCCGGGAUUCGUAAAACCGACUGGGUUCAGUCAAGAUGCAUUCCCCUCGAGGGGAUUUUAUAAUUCUCCGUCGAACCGGCAGCUGUACCUUCAAUCGGUGCCUUCUGCCCCCCAGAACUAUAUAACGGAACAAGGAUUCAAUCAAGGGUUAAGAUUCGGUUUGGCGCAACCAAAUUUUCCGCUCAGUCAAGGCUUCGUCGCACCGCAGUACAGUUUUGACAAUAUACCACAAACAAAACCUAGACCUCAAAUCCAUUCGAAUCAUUUUAAAUUUGAAAACGCCCCGCCUAACCCAAGUCCACCUAUACAAAACCCAGUGAAGCCUUUUGUAAGUCAAGCGGUUAAAAAUAACCAUGAAACGCCUAAAUUCAUCGAUGGAUAUCGCGCAGAAAACAAUAGUAGUUUGAUAUAUGCUAAGAAACCACAAUCUUUACAAAAAAUAAAGUUUGAACUGGCCGAUAAGUCUAAGGAGGUGUUUGGCGCUCCCAAGCCGAAAGUGGAAAGGGAAGAGGUGCAAUUAUUGUAUAUGCCUUUGGAAUCGUUAAAUAGAGGACAAUUCAAUUUCAGAAGUCCGUUAACAUCGGCGCAGCUCGUAAAUACGGAACUUUACAAUCAGAGACAGAAUCCUCUGAUUCAAAAUCUCGCAGCCGAACUUCAGUCAGCGAUAGCUCAACCGAUGGAUGCAUUCAACUCCCAAGAGUUCUUAACAAACUAUAAUGGUCGAUUCCGUGAAGUAGAUCACAGUCCGAGGUUCUCAACUACAACGACGCCCUUUUCUCCAACAGCACCGACAACGACAGCUAAACCAAAAAAGUUAAAGCCACAUCAACCUCCCUUGGCAAUUUUCUCAACGCAUGAUGCGGAAAACAAUGACCAAGUAAAAGUUGGCGACGUACUGCAAUCUUUGAAAAAUGCCAACACUGUAGCAGUACUGGAUUCAGUUAAUCCUUUGAAUGCACCAAAAGUGUUUAUCGGUCCUUCAUCUUUGUCUCCACCAGAAAAUUAUGUGAAAUUUGAGCUACCAUAUUUGUCCAACAUUGAAAAUAUAGAUAAAAAGUUGAGACAGUUACCGUUCUUUGUAGCGCCCCUGAGCUAUAACACUCCUCAAGGCUUUGCGAAGAUUCCUUUCCCAUCUCCGCACGUUGGAUCAGUCGUUAUAAACUCGCUAAUUAGAGACUCUUCAUCGGCAAUAAAACCAUCUGUCGCCGAUACUUAUUCGAACCUCUACUCGAGACCACAGUACAGACAAGAACAAAAACCAGUCACUCAGAAGCCAGUCAUAAGUUAUUAUACUACUUCCUCUCCGAAAGUAAAUUCUCCUAACUACGAACAAAAUUACUAUUCAAUAGAACCACAGGCAGUUAGUACAUUACGACCACUGAAAGAAACGGAAUCAAAUGUUCCCAUUACUCAAUCGACGCCACCACCGUAUAAAACCAGUUCCUAUUUCUUGAGCAAUCUGGGAAAUCAAUAUAACCCGUCGCAAUUUGUUAACUUCCCACAAGAAACAAAUUACAAAAUAUCAGAACCUGCUAAAACCCAAAAUGUUUUCAAACCUGAAACUACUACUACGCCUAGAACAACGGUUACAACAUCAUCUAAGCCUUCAACGUACCCGAGUCAAUUACUAGAGACACACAAUCCAUACUCUAUUAACCAAGCAUUCCAUUUUAGUACGCCCUUAGAUUACCAAAAUUUCUUCGACGAAUACAAGGAAGCAUAUGGGAAUUCAGGACCAAAACUAACAAUCUCCCCGCCUUCAAUUUCAAUAAGCUCUACAUUGCCACCAGCAAAGCAAGAAGUAGAACCAGAACAGCCUAAAGUAGAACAUAAACCUCAGCAGGUAUCACCAAAUUAUCAGCAAAAUUAUAUCCCGGAAAUCCAUCAUGAAUCUGAAAUCCCAAAUUCUAGAUAUUCAGUAUUUAAUACUAAUGAUUACUUCACUAAAACUGCACAAAACUCCCAAAACGACAAUACCAACUCUGGAAAUCCAGCUAACUCUGACGGUGGGAUCAAAACUAUAACAAACACUUACCAAUCACCACAAUAUACUGAUACACAAACACAAUCCAACACAUCUGAAAACCAUACGGCAGAAAACGUUCCUCCCGAAACUUCAGCAGAUGAUAAUCAAGUAAUAAAAUCAUCCUCUGAAUAUGACCAAUACGACGCUGCAUAUAAUUCACAAGAAAUACUAUCGUCUACAAGUAGCACCACUACAUCAACUAGGAGGCCACCUAUUAGAACACGAGGCCGUCCACGAUAUCCAACAGCAAAACCAGACUCUGGGGAAUAUUCUACACGUGCCACAAUCACGAGAAGGCCCUUAAGAGAAAGGAAGCCGUUACCUUCAAGAUCUAGAUUUGAACCGAACCAAAUUACCACUGAAUCAUCAACAAGAAAAAUUGUUGAUUCCAGCGAACGUACUACCACUCCCACAAGAACGAGGACUAGAGGACGUGUACAUUACAAAGUGCCCGACUAUGAUGAAAAUUACACAAAAAGAAAUAAGCCAAGCAAAAAAGAAAAUGACUUGGCCUAUCAACGAGAUGUACUUCAUCAAAAUUAUCCUGUUACAUUAAUGGAACGGACUAGUACCGUAGAUAUUGAAGCAAUCACUGAACCGAAUGUGCUUUCAUCCAAUGACCAAAAGGCUGCUAAGGCUGAAGAUACAGAAGAUGCGUAUAGUAAUGAUAAAGUCUCCAUAACUGCACCUGUCAACUCAGAAUUAGAUGACCUACCUCAACAGUACACUAACGCAAUACAUUCUGUAACUGAAGCCCCAUACGCACCCAAAGUACCUAAUCAAGAAGAAGAUUAUGUCUAUCAACAAAAAAGCAGUGUCGCACCACAGGAUACCGCACAAUCUUAUGACGAAGUAAAAGAAGAGCGAUAUGUUUUGAAGGCGUCACCUCAACACAACCUGGACAAUCAAGAUAACGUAUUUUUCGCUACACAAGCAUCCAGCCCUGAGGCUGGGACAAAUAUUCCUGUCUACUCCAAUAAUGAUGAGUAUCAGUCUAAAGGAGAAGAAGAGAUAACAAGUACACCAGAGCUAGGUACUGAAGUUGGGAACCAGGAAUUAAGUCAAGGGCAAGAAGAAAAUAUUGUCGAAACAACACCAUCAUAUAACAGGGUGAGAGUACGUCCAGGAGUUAUAAGGCAGUACCACCAGACUUCGUCAGGCGAAUCGUUACGGACUGACCGAAGAAAACCUGUUCAACCCAUAACAUACCGACCUGCCUUUGAUAAGCGGCGAACAACAAUGAGAAUCGAAGAAAUUCAAGCCGAUUUAAAAACCAAGCAAGUCCAUGUUCGACCAGGGUUCCAAGAUUACAAACAGCCUGUUUACAAACCAGAACCAUCCACAGAAUCAUCUGCGCCGACUUCUACGACAGAAAUAACAACAAAACGCGGUCAAUUUAGACGUCGGCGGCCUAGUUAUGCAACCACAGAACCAACAAUAACAAGAAGACCCUAUGAAGCUAAAAAUCGUUUCCGAGGACGACGACCGACUGAGAAACCUACCGAUAAACCUGAAGUGCAAACUGACAUAUCAUCGACAACUGUCAAAAAUAAUUUGCACAGUAGAUAUAGCCACAGACCACGACUUUCCGAGAGAUAUAAUAAAAAACCAGAAACAGAAGAUCAAGUAUCUGAAGAUCAAGAUUCUAAUUACUCAAUCAACAGGCCUAAAUAUGCUGCACCGGAAACUGAUCGCUGGUCUCCUAAAAUUUCAACAGAUUCUUUUAAGCCUUACAAUCCCAACGAUAUUGCAGAUGAGGCCAAAGUUUCUUCAGCAAGCGAUAGCAAAUCUAAAGAUGAACUCGAUAUAAUAACAGCAAAAAAUGAAUAUGAAGAUAUACUUAUUUCUGUAACACCGGCAUAUAACAAUCGCGUUAAUAAAAAACUGCCCGACAUACCACCUACACUUGAAGCUUUGGUAGAACAAAGCAAAGUAACAAAAAGCGACUCUACCGAUACCAUGUCAACUUUCGAAAGUAUGUUAGAAGAAGUUAUGAAAAGUUUAGAAGAACAAGACGAAAACGAAUAUACGAGCAACGUAAUGAAACAUAAGGGCGGUGAAAUAGGCGAGAUUCCUCCAGAAAGAAUUAUUUCGUCAGGAGAAAAUUAUUCUCUAAAGUCGACGACCCCAAUUCAAGAAGAAGCGACAACCCCAGUACCAGACAAUGCAACGUCUACCACUGCCACUGAGGAGGUACCCAUACAGAAAAAUCGUCGCCGUGGAUUUUGGAAAAAAGUCAAGGUUCGUCCCGUCACUGAAGUAAUCGAUGCAGCAGAAUCUCAAUACUAUCCUCACGUAGUCAAUCGUGUUGGUCAAUACGUUUCUAAGAACUCCUUGGAAAAGUCGGGUAAAGGUAACCCCAAGUUCGCGGUAACAACUUACAAGCCCAACUACCAGUUCCUUAAAGAUUUCUUUGAGACACACGAAGAUGCACUCGAUGCAAUCACAAAUAUAGACAUUCCUAAAAUAACUACUGCUAGCAAUAUCGAGAGCAAUACGGAAAUUCAAAAAGAAAUCGUUUCAACCACGAGGACUGAAUUAGCUACUACUACAGACAAAAUUAAUCCAGGAGAGUUGGACUUAGGUACAGGCUCACCGGACCCUACGUACGAUGACACCGCUUACUAUAGCGAGCCAACAGAACCUACCACUAGGGAUGUAUCAGUUGUUGAUAGAUCUGAUGGCUUUAGUUUAAUGGAUUAUUUGUUUGGAGUAACAGCACCCGAGGAGCCAGAUAUUAAAAAUGUUACGACAUCUGAAAAAGAAAUCAGAACAACGACAGAGCUUCCGAAAGAUACUGUUCAAGUCGACACAGAGGCACCCAAAAUCAAAAUAACGACUGAAAGUUCAUACGUCCCAGAAGAAAUGACCGCGGAAACUGUUAACGAUAACAACGAAAGCGUUACAGAAACAUUAGUAGAGCUUCAGAACAAUGAUAAGAGAAAUAGAGUUUCAGAUGAAUCCGUUGUGCAAGUAGAAAGUUCAUCAAUAUCCAGUUUCAUGGAGCCAGCCAACGUCGUCAGCACGUCUAUGUCUACCGAAGUGUCGCACGAAACUGAAAUUUGUUUUAGAGGCAAAUGCAUUAAAACCAAUAAGAAUUUGUUAUAAAAUUAACUAAAAUGGUGCUUCAAAGUGUUCAAAAUCAUUAGUGGUUAAAGUAAAUGACUGUUUGAAAGGACAAUUUUUCCAGUGAAGUGAGGGUUGUAUGGUAGAGCUGAUAGCAUAUUACAGUACUAUCCGCAAGAGAUAGAAAAAGCAGCGCAUGCUAAUGCUAUGCUAAUCAUCAUUUUUAGUGCAAGCGAUGACGUCAUUUAUUUAUACUUUAUUUUCCUUAGCUGACUUAAAUGGUGUACAAAUCGCAAAUACCUCAGAAAAACGGCGUAAGCGACGCAAUUUUCUCGGCGCUUAGACCUUCUGAAAUUAGUUUUUCAGUUGUAUCAUGAUUUUAUUGUCAGUUAGUGGUAACAUGAUCCUAUAGCUAAGUACCUGUUUACCUUUUAAGUCAGUUAAGGAAAAAUAUAUUAUACCGAGGCACUUUCAGUCAGUAUGUUGCUUGCAGCAAGUGUCGUAAUGUGCGAUCAGUAGGUAUAACUUUUUUUUUAUAUUUAUUUUUUCCGUCUUAGAAAUAUAAAAUCGUGUAAAUAUUAGGUACUUUCGAAGUUUUUCACUUAAUUUACAAUUAACAUACAUACAAAGGUAUUUAAAUUGUUUUGUACGAGACUCAAAAGUUAUAUUAUACAUUUUGUAAGUAUUUUGCAAUAUGUAAAACUUAUUCUGUACUUACUAAACAAUUUAGUUUUAUGUAUAGUGUAUGAUUACUUUUGCCUAAUUUUAUACCUUUAAGUUAAUUAUGUGGUCCAUGCUUGUUUACAUAGUAUGUACGGUGCCUUAGAGUUAAGGCACACUGUGAUCUUAUUUUCUGUGUGCCUUGACCCUAAUUUUUUUUUAAUUUCUUUAGUGGUUCUUCUUCUCUAUUGAAGUUACAUGUACCUAUGCAAUGCAAUUGAAAAGAACUAGUGCCUUUUAAGUUUUAGAGUAGGAUUUUUUAUACUUUUGUAAAAUUAUAUCGACUGAAAAAUAUAUUUAAUCAAUAUGAAAAUAAGGAAAUUCUCCUGUAUUCAUUAUUAAAUACUUAUUUAUUAUUAUUAUUAUACUAAUCUUCUUUAUAUUUAAGGGCAUUUCUCUAAAUUUAAAUAUUGAAGAUAAUAUUAUACUGUAUAUGUAGACUGUACCCAGUUGUUAGCAAUACUAACAGAAUAUUAUUAUAGUUAGUAGAAAAUUAAAAUAUUUACUUAAAUGACAAAACUUAUUUCAUCAGAGAGGUGAGGAGAUGUAUUGUGGAUAUUAUAAUAGAGAUUAAGCCCUCCACACCAACCCUUAUGAUCAGGUUCUACAAAUCAAUGUUCUACAAAAGAGUACCUUAAAAAGAGAAUAUUGUAUGUCAAAGAAAAAUAAAUUAAGUGACUCCAUAAAUAACAACAGAAUAAUAAUUUUCAAUUUUUAUAUUUUACUAUUAUACACAUAAUAUUUACUCAAUGAUCUAUAAGAAUCUAUUUGACUAAUGGUUCACUAUGCUUAGUAUGAGAUUUUACAUCUCACCAAUGUUGAUAGAAUUCAAGCAUCACAAUGAUUUACUAUUAAACUAAAAUGGACCUAAACAGCUUUGUUCUAAAGCUUAAGUUCGUUAAUACAUUUGCGCUAACGCUCCAAGCGGUAACUUUGCAAAAUUAAAAUCAGUGGUACUGAAUUUUGGUCUUUAAUUCAAGGAAGUUUGGGUCCAUUUUACUCUGACUUUAUUGUGGUUCCACUCUCAAAUUCUAUUAAUGUUGGAGACACGUAAGUUCUCAUGCUAAGAACACAGAACUCUUUUACUACCAAAAACCAGUAAUAAAAUAAAAGUAAAGUAAGGACGACUGGGUAUGCAGAUGGAUCAAAAGGUUGUAUUAUUACCUAAAUAGCUUCAUGCCACCCACCCAAAGUGUUAAACAUAUUAUAUAAUAAAUAUAAUAGAGUAUAAUGUGAAGUGGAUAUGUGUACCAUGUCUGACGUGUAACUUAUAAUAAAGUGUCAAAUUAAUAACA